AUGGCCGUAGCGGGCGACGCGGCCAAGGAGUACGUCGCCGGAUCCGCCGCCGGCGUCGCCCAGGUCGUAGUCGGCCACCCGUUCGACACGGUCAAGGUUAAACUGCAAGCUCAUAAUACCACGGUUCACGGAAAGGUGUACAAGAAUGCGUUCCACUGCACUAGUAGGAUACUGCUUGAGGAAGGAAUUAGAGGGCUGUACAAAGGUGCGUCAUCUUCGUUUAUUGGUAUAGCUGUUGAAAGCUCCCUUUUCUUUGGCACAUAUUCCCAAGCCAAACAGUUAUUACAGGGAAGCUAUGAGGUUGGUAGGCCACAUCUACAGGUAAUUAUCCCUUCUGCUGCAUGCAGUGGAGCUCUGAUUAGCUGCAUCCUCACUCCAACUGAGCUCACCAAGUGCAGAAUGCAAGUUCAAGGGAAGGAUGUAAUCCAUGGCGCUAGGUACUCCAGCCCUCUAGAUUGUGCUGUGAAAACAUUGGAAAGUGAAGGGCUUAAGGGUAUAUUCCGUGGUGGUUUAGCAACAUUAUUCAGAGAGGCGAUUGGCAAUGCUGUCUUCUUCUGCACUUAUGAGUACAGUCGAUACUGGAUGCACAACUAUUUGGAUUCUGCAAGAUUUUCUGAUAGCAGUCAUUUCGUGCUGGCAAAAGAUAUUGGGAUAGGGGUUAUGAGUGGUGGCAUUAGUGGAAUGGCGUUCUGGACAGCUACCCUACCGCUGGAUGUGGCAAAAACCAUAAUACAGACCGAUCCAGACCCUCAUGUGAGCCGAAACCCCUUGCAAAUUUUGGGCAUGGUUUAUAAGAGAGCUGGGAUGGGUGGCUGUUAUGCUGGACUUGGACCAACUCUAGCAAGAGCAUUCCCUGCCAAUGCAGCAGCAAUUGUUGCUUGGGAGUACAGUGCUAAGAUUCUUGGUAUAAAGCGAGGCUAG